UUUACCAUUUACUUCCUGGAAUAAUUGAUUACUACGGAACCUUAAUUAUAGGUUACCGUGCGUAACAAUAAAACUUUCAUUUUUACCUGCAUCUCGUCCAGCUUGGUGUCAAGCUGUGAUCGAUCGACAGUCGCAUUCUAACCUCCGUGAAAUACCAAAAAUGCGCUGUAAUGGAAAAUUUGUGAACAAUCAAAAGUAUUUAGCUAAAAAGAAAUACGACAAAUUCGUAACCUGCGAACAUUUAAACAUGGUGGAAGAAAUCGCGUCGGCGGUACAGUGUUGCCAGUACGGAAAUGCUCGAUGACGCUAUUGCCAGGUUUGCUCCCUCCAAAACCGCGCGUGCAUUGGCAGCAUUGUUUUUUGGUAGUUUACAAAUAAAAUGGCCGAUAUAUGAGGCUAUUUUGUAUGGACAAUAAAAUAUGCAAUUCUGUAAAAUUAAUGACCAUCGGCCGUUUGUGUAUGUACGUGAAAGUAAAGGUACAGUGUCGCGAAAUACGAGAAAAGAAGGUGAAGUGUGAGUGAGCGUGUGGGAGUGCCGUGAGAAGAAGGUGGAGGUUGUCUUUCAAGACCCGUGGACGCCGCGGGCCCGAAGACCGAAACGAAGAAUCACUUACGGGACUCUAAUACAUAGAAAAGCCAGCCGACCGCUGUAUUUUUUCCAUUGGCGCGCGGUGGCGCGACAACUAAACGAAAACGACUCUAGAUUUGCGGAACCUGGUUUACAGCACACGGGCCCCCUCUGCCGCCUGCUCCAAUUCUUCGAGUGCUCUCGCCUCACCUCCUGAACACUGUGUGUUCCUGAGUCAGGGAAAACAACACUUGGGUACACGUCGUGUACACCGUUGUUUUAUGUCACAUAUGAUAACAAACACACAGCGUUGACCACCUUGCGAACAUUACUCAACGUAUACUGAUCAUCCAGACCUAUCGAACAGCACUGCGUACCCCAAUAUUAUUAUACCACAGAGCCGCUUUAGGCAGAUAUGAUUCCCAAUCCUGAAACCAAAGGCCGAGAUACUGGAGUGUGACGGGUACGUUUACUUAGAACCUUUCAAAAUAUUUCCCGCAGACCAAUUCGUGGUAGUGGAGAGAAGUGGUGUGGACGAUGCGUUGACAGAGACGGAGGGGCCCACGAGCACCGCGUCCAGCCAGCCCACCCCCUCCGUUACCCCUGUGUCAAACAUGUGCACCACUCCUGGCAACGUGGGCACAGGAUUUGGGUAUACCUGGUCCUUUGGCGGACCUGGUGCUGAGACCCGAGAAAAUGCUCAGGGUGAACUCACUACCAAUAUUAGUUACGCGGUGAACAACAAUCAGGAUCAGAGUUCGAGUCAGAAGAUUCAGGUCGACAUUAAGCCCACCAAAAUCACCAAUAGUACGCACCGAAGACCAAUGUUCACUAUGAACGAAACUUGUCAGCAAACUCCAACCACCCACCAUGGCCAUACAGCUGGAGCUCACAAUCAAACUCAUGUCCGUAUUAAAAAACAACACGAUGUAUUUUCGUUAACAUGCGAUAAAGGCGGUUGCAAUUGCGACGCCGCGCAUCCGACACCCCCGCCGUCUCUUUUCUCUAAUACGUUAGUUUUUACCACAGCCGAUAAGCAUGCCAUGAGUAAACAUUUCAUGACACCCCUUGGACCAAUACAACUUACAGCGGAAGAGUGCAAUGAAAUUUUAAUGAAAAGAGCAGCAGCUGCCUCGAAUCAAGCCAACGUAAACAAUGUGACGACGAGUCAAACAGAUAGCACAGCCCAUUUUGGACACGUUUUAACGCACGUUAAUACCACUCAAAUUGAAACCAAGGUAAAGCAACAGCAAGAUAUGGGAAGUCAGGUCCGUGUACCAAAAGAAAGACCGUACUCCUGUUCUGAAUGUGGGAAGUCGUUUCUCUUGAAACAUCACCUUACCACGCACGCGAGAGUGCAUACCGGGGAACGACCUCACGUUUGUGUUCAUUGCGGAAAAAGUUUUGCACACAAACAUUGUCUUCAUACUCACCUGCUCCUCCAUAGCGCGGAUCGACCGUAUCAAUGCCGCGAAUGUAAAAAAUCUUUUACAUUAAAACACCAUCUAGUAACGCACACGCGUGUACACACGAGGGAUCGACCAUUCAUUUGUCAAGAGUGUGGGAGAGCAUUUCCUUUAAAACGUCACCUAGUGACUCAUAGUAAAUUCCAUUCAGGAGAGAGACCUUUUGUUUGCGAAGAGUGUGGAGAGUCGUUUUCGCAAAAGGACCACCUCACGAUGCAUUCGCGCUUCCAUGGCAGUCUACAUCCAUUCGUAUGUCAUGAUUGCGGGGCAACCUUCCAGAGGAAGUUCGAGUUAGUGAAUCACGGCCGCCUCCACGGCAGAGUUCCACACUCGUGUACUGUUUGUGGAAAAGAAUUUCUACAAAAGAGAACAUUAUUGGCACAUAUGCGUUUACAUACAGGAGAAACACCGUUUGCUUGCACCGUUUGUGGAGAGGCUUUCCCUCGAAAAACGGACCUGGUUGCCCACUCUAAGAUUCAUAACAACAAUACGAACACCGAUGAAAAGGGUCUGAUGUGCAGGGAAUGUGGAUUGGACUUCUCGAAUCGAGAAGCCCUUACUUUGCACUUAAGGUUACAUUCUGGUGAUCGAACGCUUGUUACGGACCUUUGUGGACUAGCAGCCGCCUUCCAACAAACUCCUGGACACUUCCUCACCCCCAACACUCCAGCAACCCAUCAGAUGAAUGGACCGAUUGGAAACCCCGGUGUCAGCCAUAUGCACGGUGCGACGCAAACAUCACCACCAGUGGGAGCGGGCCCAAAACCGAAACCACAUGUUUGUCCUGAUUGCGGUCGUGGAUUCGCACAGAAACACGGUUUGUCCCAACAUCAACGGCGUCACACGGAUGGCAGCUGCCACAUACGAUCCCACGUGUGUGAUAAAUGUGGCAAAGCCUUUUACCAGAAGAACCAUUUGCUACUGCAUCAACGUCAGCACAUGGAUCCUCCUCCGAGUAUACUCCGGCAACAGCAGAGGCAAGCUGCGCAGGCUGCUGCCCAGCAAGCACAACAACAGCAACAAGCGCAGCAACAACAACAGGUGCAGCAACAACAGGUGCAACAACAACAAGUGCAGCAACAACAGGUGCAACAGCAGCAGCAGCAGCAGCAACAACAAACACAACAGCAGCAGCAGCAAACGUGCACGGUAGACACAAAAACAAUACAGCUACAAGCGAUACAGCAACAAGUGCAACAACAAGUUCAACAACAGGUACAACAGCAAGUACAACAACAGGUACAACAGCAAGUACAACAACAACAACAGCAACAACAAGCGUGCUCUGUGGACACUAAAGCAAUACAGUUAAAUGUCACUAUGUGAGACGAUAUAGAAAGUGGGGACUGGACAGUCCCUGGAACAAUAGCACUCCCAAAUGCGCACCCGGCUGCCACCCUCUGCACGCACUUCUCUUGUACUAACAAUACACAUUAGAUAUAUUUAUUAUCUCUAGAAUCGAAUACGAAGUAAUCAAUUUUAUUACAAGAGUAUAUAUACAAAGUAUACAUAUUAUAUUCUAAAUAUGUAAGGCUUGUAACAAGAAAAUAAAAAUAACCAUAUAUUAGUGUUUUACAUAUACUUUAUAUAUCAUUUACUCUAGAUAUGUAAAAUGAAACUAAACAAAUUAGUUGCCUUAAUGAGAUGAAGAAUUUUAAUGAAUAUAUUAACUAUUGUUUGGUGAACUUUUUUUUUUCAUUUACUUUUAAUUAGUAGGACAUCACUUUAUAAGAAAACGCAUAUUGAAUAAACAAACAUAAAAAAAGAAUAAGUUUUUUUAUGUACUACUGCUUUGUUGUUAUCCUUCAUGCUGUGCUUGUAUGACGGAAGUCGAGAGAGACGUUUGAUCGUGUGAGUGAUCAGUAAGGAUGAGUACGUAGAAUGUAUCAAGAAAGAGGGAGAGGGUGGCAGACACAGCGCAUUUACGGAGCAUUUUAAAUUGUAGGUCUGCCCGACGAAAAAGAAGAAUGAGUGGUGUCUAAUACGUACUUUUACGUUACACGGUACGCGCAAUUUGUUUAACAAAUUCUAGAGAACUAAGUAGAAUCGCAAAAAUUUAUAUUUCAUUGUCGUUUUUAAUUGAUUUCGUAGAAUCGUGUACAUUUCGAAUUGUUAAAAUGUUUUGUUUUCAAGUUUUUACAUGAUCGUACUGUUUCUAUUUCUUAACUCCCGUACUAUUCUAAGUUCGUGGUAACUUGGACCUUUUUUUUUACUUUAUAAUAUUGGGAUGAUAUGCGUGAAAGGCGUUGACAUGUUCUCGAAAAAUCACUCAGUAUAGCGGACUUUUGUAAUAGUUUGUCAGAGAUAUGUAAUAGUUAAUAGAAUUGCGCAAAAAAAAAAAAAAUGAAAGAAGUAAUAAAGGUAGCUUUCCUACAUAGUUUUAACACAUAUACAUAUUUUUCCAGACAAACACAGGCACGCAUUCGUUCCCAGCUUUACGCUAAAAUUAAUCACGAACUUGAACGAUAUUCGAGAAAUUUUUUUUAUGUAACGUCAGGCAUUUGUUCGAUCUUUUUCAAGUAAAACAAUUUGCGUAAUACGGGUAUAAAUGCUUUCGCCAUUAAUCAGAUCAUCUUCGGUUACGUAAAAGGUUAAUAAGACUAUUGCGCCUAGAAGAAAAUAAUAUAUUACAGUACGUAUGAGAAAGUAUUUAUUUUUUUAUAUUCUAAUACUUUUUCUAGCCAUAAUAACUCUUAUUAACUUUUUACGUAUCGGAAGACGAUCUAGUUAAUCAUCGAAAGAGUUUAUAUUUGUACCGCGUAAAUAUGUCGUACUUGAAAAAGAAGAUCGAACAAGUGCUGUAAUUAUCACGAAUGAUUUUACUUUGUCUCUCGAACAAUUCAAUAUUACGAAAAUGAAUAGGUAAUAUUCGGUUUAAAAAAAAAAAAAAACAGUUGUUUAACAAUCAAACAUUGUAAGACAAGUUUUACUGUACUUUUUAUAUCUUAUUCGCGACUAAGAUGUUUUUCCUUUUUCUGCAUUCCAGUCUGCGUGUACAAGAGACGGAUUACCAUGUCAAAGUCAUAUUUUGCCCGCAUAUCAUGAAAAUAAAUGAGGUACGCGACUAA